GAAAGUAAAUCUCACAUUUUUCCUUAUCCAUCAUUUUAGGGGUAAGUUUGAAGAUUCUAAAGAAAAGAUGAGACAGAAAGGGAGACAAAGAGAAAGAGGAGGUGAUCGUCAGACAUGGGAAAGAAGGAUAACACAAGGUAGAGAGCAUGCAAGAUCUCAAGGAAGAAGCCAACACAAGGGGAUUGAUCCAAAGGAACAGUGGAAAAUGCAAUCUAAUGAUGGAUGGAGUUAUGCAGAUAUAUGGGAAAGCUUCUUGAAAUUCAGAAGAGUUUAUGCCAUAUACAGUCUAAAUAGGAAAAGUAGAAAUGGAGGCAAAUUUGGAUUUGUGAGAUUCCUGAAUGUGAAGGACAUGAGAGAGCUUGAAAGGCAACUGGAUCAGAUUUGGAUAGGGGAUCGCAAACUAUGGGUGAAUACUCCAAGAAGUUAUGCCAAAGUUGUGAAAGGCCCACAAGAUGAAAGUCAUGAUGAGAAAAGGAAGGGUGAGAACAAAAGCAGAAUCAGACAUGGGAAAUGUAAUAUUGAUAGUAGGAAAACAUGGAAAGACAAAGGAAAAAUGAAAAAUUGGAGCGAAUUUGAGGAACAUAAAUCAUGGUCGAUUGGUAGUGACAAGGAGGACCUUGGCAUCCAAGAUGUAAUAAAAGCUAAACUAGAUAAGGAUGGACAUGCCGAAACAGAUGUAAAAGAUGAUGAUGUGCCAAGUAAUAGGUGCAGGAAAUACAGAAAGCUUUUGAUACAAGAUUCGAAGGAUGUGGAAAAGUCUGCAGCAGUAGUGCUUGACAGUCAGAUUCAAACUCAAAAUUUGACAGAUGGAGACUACAAUGUUGGAGUCGAAAGCAAAGAAGUAAAAAUCGUAUCGUAUUUGCCGGUACGGCCGAUUGGAAAAAUUGAAAUGAAAGUGGGUUCAGGUGAGGAUGAUGGGAAAAGAAUAGGCUCAAAGGAGAAUAGGGUGUCAAAAAUAAAAGAAAGAAAAACGAACAACAGACAGCAAAUGGAAGGGAAGACAGAGCUGAAUUUCACAGUGAGCCCCAAAGGCAAAAUUGCGAGGGAUUCUAUUGGGGAUAAUGGAAUACAAAAUUGUAACAUAGUAUUAAGGAAGCAAAUAAGAGAUCAGCUAGGUGAGGAGAUAUGGGAAAUAGCAAAACAGCUUGGCACUACUACACAGAACAAAGAGGAGAUUUUGCAACAAAUAGAUGAAAUAGAGCGCAAAGACAAACAUGCAAAGGCAAAGAUGGGAAAUCAAAAUGUAGGAGAUGCAAAGAAGGAGAAAGUGGAAUUCCUAGUGAUUCAAGAGACUAAAAUGGAGGUUGUUGAUGGGCAUAUGUGUAGAAGAUUAUGGGAUGUGAUGAUUUUGACUGGAGCUCUAUGGAAGGAGCUAAUAAAUUGGAUCAAUAGUAGGAAGGGUAAAUGGUGCUUAGAAGGUGAUUUCAAUGCUAUAAGAAAAGUUAGGGAGCGGGUAGGAUGCAGGGAGGUAUUGAGGGAAAUGAGAGAGUUUGAUUGCUUUAUUCAUGAUGCUGGUUUGGUUGAUUUACCUUUGGUGGGAAGAAAAUAUACUUGGUACAACUCCAAUAGCCAAUACAUGAGUAGAAUUGAUAGGUACUUGUUAUUCGAAGAAUGGCUUAUGAAGUGGAGCAAUGUGAAACAAUGGAGAUUGAGAAGAACAGUGUCAGACCAUUGUCCUAUUCUACUAAAGGAUAAGAAGAUUAAUUGGGGGCCAAAACCUUUUAAAUUUUUUGAUAUUUCGAUGGAACAACCAGGGUGCAAGGAAAUUAUUAGAAAUGUGUGGGAUUCCACAAUGAUUAAAGGAUGGAAGGGCUUUGAGCUCACGAAAAAAUUAAAAAGAACAAAGCAAGCCUUGAAGGAAUGGAGCGGUAGAUAUAUGACAGAUGUGGACAACAGAAUAAAUGAAGCCAAAAGGGAGAUAUAUGUACUAGAUAAGAAAGGAGAGAUUGCACAACUCUUGGUAGAGGAUAUUGAAAAGAGAGGAAGUUGCUUUCUUGACCUCUGAAAGAACUUAAAAAUGAAGGAGAGCAUGUGGCAACAAAAGUCAAGGAAGAUCUGGCUACAGGAAGGGAUGCAGACACAAAAUUUUUUCAUAGAUGUUUGAAAGGAAGAUGGAGAAGGAAUGAAAUGAAUAGCAUCUAGAUUA